CACUUCCGGUUGCGGAGCGGCGGCAGUUGGUGCGCGCGCGCGAGCGAGAGGGCGUCCGUCGGCGGCGGGUGGUGGUGGUGGGACGGGGGAAACGGGGGACGGGACGAAGGGAGAUUUAAACCGUAGCGGAAGGAAGGAAGGCGGCGGCGACGACGACGACGAGGAGGAGAGUUGCACAGCAGAAGAAGAAGCAGACAGGAGUUCCCCCCCACCCCCCCCCCAGCCAUGGAGAUGCCGGUACCCCCUGACGACCAGGAGCUGAGGAAUGUCAUCGACAAACUGGCACAGUUUGUGGCCCGGAAUGGACCGGAAUUUGAAAAGAUGACCAUGGAGAAACAGAAGGAAAAUCCCAAGUUUUCCUUCCUGUUUGGAGGUGAAUACUACAACUAUUACCAGUACAAACUGGCCAUCGAGCAGCAAUUGUUGUGCAAACAGCCGGGUCAGGACAGCGAACUUCCAGCUCAACCACAGGUGGCAGCCCCAAUCCCCCCCUCAGCCUCAGCACCAGUCCCAUCUCCAGCACCAGUCUCUGCUGUUCCUGCCCCAAACCCAUCCCAGGUGCCACCCACAGGAGUUCCAGGGCAGCCCCAGUUGGAAGAUCUGAUUCAGCAAAGCCUGUGGAAUCUGCAGCAACAGGAACAGCAUCUCCUCAUGCAACGACAGGAGCAGAUCACGGCUGCCAUUGCUCACGCAAUGGAACAGCAAAUACAGAAGCUGCUGUCGGAGACGCAGCUGGACAUGACAGAAUUUGACAGUCUACUUCAGCCCAUUAUUGACACCUGUACGAAGGAUGCUAUCUCGGCUGGUAAGAACUGGAUGUUUAACAAUGCAAAAACUCCACAGCACUGUGAGCUGAUGUCUGGCCACCUGAGGAACCGCAUCACAGCGGAAGGAGCUCAUUUUGAGCUGCGACUCCAUUUGAUUUACCUUAUAAAUGAUGUGCUGCACCACUGGUUAGUGUCUGGUUCUCAGAGCUCCACCACAUGGGACAAAAGAAGGGAAAAGGUUGGUCAGCGGAAGCAGGCUCGAGAGCUGCUCGCAGCACUGCAGAAAGUUGUGGUUCCCAUAUACUGCACCAGCUUCCUUGCAGUGGAAGAAGAUAAACAGCAGAAGAUUGCGAGGCUGCUGCAACUGUGGGAGAAGAAUGGCUAUUUUGACGAGUCCAUUAUUCAGCAGCUACAGAGCCCAGCCCUUGGUCUUGGACAAUACCAGGCAUCUUUGAUUACAGAGUUUGCAGGCGUGGUGCAGCCCAUACAGAUGGCCUUCCAGCAGCAGAUUCAGACCCUGAAGGGCCAGCACCAGGAGUUUGUGGACAGUCUGACCAAGCAUCACCAUCAACAGCCACUGCUUGAGCCCGACGCUCCACCGCCCCACAUCGUCUUACCCCAAAGCCAGGAGCCACCAGUUUCUGCUCCUACAGAACCACCAGGUGGUCCUCUGAUACUCCACCCAAGUGAUGAAGACGAAUAUGCACAGGCUGCAGAAAGUGCCUCGUUUCUUUUAACACAUGAUACCAAGGCACCGCAUCCCAUUCCUGAAAAUGUGCCGAGUGGAGGACAGGAAUCCGGGCCAGGAGGGCAGCGAGGACCUGGGCAGCACGAACACUCCUCUUCGAAGCCCCCGUGGUUCGAACGCCCUGCUAUGCCCAUGUGGGGCCAACAGCAACAGUUUGACCAGCAGUUUAAUGCUCCCCAUCAGGGCCCGCCUCACUGCCAGCCCUGGAACAACAAUCACGAGGGGAUGUGGAACGACCAGAGGGAGCCAUCGUGGAACAACCAGCGAGACGCUCCCUGGAACAGCCAGCACGAGCCCGCCUGGAACAACCAGUUCGAGCCCCCGUGGAACAGCCAACACGAACCGCCCUGGGGCGCGCAGCGGGAGCCGCCCUUCAGGAUGCAGCGGCCUCCUCACUUCCGCCAGCAGCCCCCGUUCCCUCCGCACCAGCAGCACCCGCAGUUUAACCAGCCACCGCACCCCCACAAUUUCAACCGUAUGCCACCACGCUUCAUGCAGGAGGAGUUUCCUCCCCGGCACCACUUUGACCGGCCUCCCUACCCACCUCAUCACUUUGACUAUCAACAGGGCGACUUCCCACCAGAUAUGGGACCCCCUCACCACGCUCCACACCGACUGCCCCCUCCUGGAAUGGCAGAGCCCCCACCAUGGGGAGGGCCCCAACACCCAGACUUCGCUGCUCCUCCCCCCGGUUUCAAUGGGCAGCCUCCGCACAUCCGGCGACAGGGGCCGCCUCCACCCCAGAUCAGCCCGGACGACCCCAGCCUCGUGCCCAACGUGCCGUACUUUGAUCUCCCGGCAGGAUUAAUGGCACCGCUCGUGAAGCUGGAAGAUUAUGACUACAAGGCCCUGGAGCCCAAAGAUAUGCGUCUUCCUCCCCCAAUGCCCCCCAGUGACAGGCUACUGGCUGCUGUUGAGGCAUUCUACAGCCCACCAUCUCACGAUAGGCCAAGGAACAGUGAAGGCUGGGAGCAGAAUGGACUGUACGAGUUCUUCCGGGCCAAAAUGAGAGCCCGGAGGAAAAAGGGACAGGAAAAGAGGAACAGCGGCCGUUCAAGAUCUCGCAGUCGGUCAAGGAGCAGCAGGCGAUCUUCCUCUGGUUCGAGCUCCAGAUCUUCGGGAUCCUCCGGUUCUUACUCUAGAUCACGUUCCCGGUCUCGCUCCCGUUCUCAUUCGUAUUCUCCAUCACGGUCCAGCAGGAGCCGCUCCCACUCGUCUCAUAGCAGAUCCAGGUCAAGAUCCCGGUCACGGUCUCGAUCCUACUCGCCAGGAAAGAGACGUGUAUCACGUUCAAGGAGUCAGACUCCGCCUUCCACAACAGGACUUGGGGCUGGUUCUGCGACUCUUACGCCCGAUCAGAGACUAGGAGAAGAAAACAAAGGCCAUCAGCUGUUGAUGAAGAUGGGCUGGAGCGGCUCAGGAGGACUCGGGGCAAAGGAACAGGGCAUCCAAGACCCAAUCAAAGGAGGAGAGAUCCGCGAUAAGUGGGAUCAGUAUAAAGGAGUGGGAGUUCCACUGGAUGAUCCUUAUGAGAAUUAUCGAAGAAACAAGAGUUACUCCUUCAUUGCUCGGAUGAAAGCAAGAGACGAGUGUAAGAGUGAAGAAGGAGACACAGGACCCGCCAGCCCAGGAGUGAAGCACGUGCCACGUAAAGAAGCCGUGUUUGUCCUGCGUUAAAUGGCGACUUCACUCCUACAACAAAGUACAGCCUUGAAGAUCCCAAACGACUCACUGUUGGCUGGACUGAUCGAUCACGGCACAACUUAUACCAGAAUACGUUGGAGCUGGAACAUAAGCAGAGGACUAAAUCCAUUUCUGAAUAUUAGUGUGGAUCAGAACAUUACAAUAUUAAUCAUAUUUUUCACUGAGGGUCCUGCUUAAACAAUAAUAUUCUUGGGUUUUUUUUCAUCCUCUUUUUUUAAAUGUGCAGCAGGGCAAAGUUGUAACCAUCAAUAAUAGGAUGAAAAUUUUUAUACUGACUAAAUUGUAAACAUUUUUGUUGGCUUAAAAUUGAACCUUCUGACUUGUCUCCUUUGAGUGGAUAAAGGAAAGACUCUGAAGCCUUACAGUGUUUACCACUUGCCCUGGUAUGUGUGGUUUCAGAGAGCUGUCUGAACUGUUAAAUCUUUGACAUCUUUAAAUCUGAAUUGUCUUUUCUCGUUGGUCACCCACCCAACAUAAUGUAAUGAUUUUUUGUGAACCAUUUUAAACUGUUCUUCUGCAGGAGUAAAAGUUCUGAGUCGGUA